CCACUAGCACUACAGCGCAGAAGACGGGAGUUGGCAGAUUUGGUGCUGCUGGACUGUCAGAAGGGGAGCAAGGGUGGCUACGUUAAUGCAAUGCCGAAUAAAACGAAAAAAGAUAAGGACACCCCCAAGUCUGGUAAAGUCGGGAAAACUGGAGCACAAGAGAAUUCAGAACAUGAGGGCUCCAACAGGAAGGGCAGUAACAGUGUUCCUCCCACCACUCAGCUGCUGAAGGGGAAGCAGCCAGGAGCCCAGACCCCGGUCAAGAAGGACAAGAGGCAGAGCUCGUCCCGGUUCAGCCUCAGCAACAACAGGGAGCUGCAGAAACUGCCUGCAUUCAAAGACGUCCCCCCCGCCGAGCAGGAGAAGCUCUUCAUCCAGAAGCUCAGACAGUGUUGCGUGCUCUUUGACUUCCUGUCCGACCCGCUGAGCGACCUGAAAUGGAAGGAGGUGAAGCGGGCGGCGCUGAGCGAGAUGGUGGAGUACAUCACCCACAACAGGAACGUCAUCACAGAGCCCAUCUACCCAGAGGUGGUGCACAUGUUUGCAGUGAACAUGUUCAGGACGCUGCCGCCGUCCUCCAACCCCACGGGCGCCGAGUUCGACCCCGAGGAGGACGAGCCCACGCUGGAGGCUGCAUGGCCGCAUCUACAGCUCGUCUACGAGUUCUUCCUGCGGUUCCUCGAGUCGCCCGACUUCCAACCUAAUGUAGCCAAGAAGUACAUCGACCAGAAGUUUGUAAUGCAGCUGCUGGACCUGUUUGACAGUGAAGACCCUCGGGAACGAGACUUCCUGAAGACCACUUUGCACCGCAUCUACGGCAAGUUCUUAGGCCUGCGCGCCUACAUCAGGAAACACAUCAACAACAUCUUCUACAGGUUCAUCUAUGAAACGGAACAUCAUAAUGGAAUAGCAGAACUAUUGGAAAUAUUAGGAAGCAUAAUCAAUGGGUUUGCCUUACCAUUGAAAGAGGAGCACAAGAUUUUCCUGUUGAAAGUUCUGUUGCCUUUACACAAAGUCAAGUCUCUCAGUGUGUACCACCCCCAGCUGGCAUACUGUGUUGUGCAGUUUCUGGAGAAGGAUAGCACUCUCACAGAGCCGACAGUGAUGGCUCUGCUGAAGUACUGGCCCAAGACCCACAGCCCCAAGGAGGUGAUGUUCCUUAACGAGCUGGAGGAGAUCCUGGACGUGAUCGAACCCAGCGAGUUCGUCAAGGUCAUGGAGCCCCUCUUCAGACAGCUGGCCAAGUGUGUCUCCAGCCCGCACUUCCAGGUGGCAGAGAGAGCUCUCUACUACUGGAACAAUGAGUACAUCAUGAGCCUGAUCAGUGACAACGCGGCCAGGAUCCUGCCUAUCAUGUUCCCCUCGCUCUACCGUAACUCUAAGAGCCACUGGAACAAAACAAUCCACGGGUUGAUCUACAAUGCUCUGAAGCUCUUCAUGGAGAUGAACCAGAAGCUGUUUGAUGACUGCACUCAGCAGUUCAGAGCAGAGAAGAACAAAGAGAAGGCCAAGUGGAAAGAGAGGGAAGAUGCGUGGAUCAAGAUAGAGGAUCUGGCCAAGUCCAACCCUCAGUUCCUGGUGUUCGUGGACCCAUCAGGCCUGGGCAGCCCAGUGGACAUGGAGACUGACGGCCCCAUGCUGGAGGACGUCAACAUGCUGAAGAAGACCGUCCAGGAGGAAGCAACGCAGAUCCAGGGGGACCAGAGGAAAGAGCGUCCGAUGGUGCGCAGGAAGUCCGAGCUGCCCCAGGACGUCUCCACCGUCAGCGCCCUGGAGACGCACCGGAGGGCCGAGGAAAUGCUCACCCCGCAGGACGCAGUCUAGACACCCACACACACCCCGAGACACCCAGAGAGCCGUCCCACCGGCCCCACACUGACCAACACUGGCCAGCCCAGACCAGCCCAGACCAGCCCAGACCGGCC